GCGGUGUAUUCCUUAACGCUCGGUGCUGAAGUCUGCGGGAUCGAGAAAGGCUUCUCGUCUCGUAUAUCCGGGAGCCGGGGAUCUGGAUUACUGUCUCCGGGCUGAAGAUAUCACUUUCCUAUUGUUAGACCUGCAGUGAGAGAUUUAUUGGAAGAAAAACCCCAACUGGGGGAAAACCACGACUGAUGACGAGGGAGCAGCAACAAGUGAACCAACCCGAGGACUGGGAGCAUCAAUCAGAGAGAACCCAACUGACUCGGAGAUUCCAGUGAUUCAGUCAGGAGAAAUUUUGGCUAAAAACAAGGAAUUUAUCUACGGGAAUCUCGAACACAACAUGCCAAUUUUGCUGUCUCUGUCCAGAUAUUUAAGAAGUGGAGCAAGGGAUUCACUCGAUCAUCCUUCCUGCUCAGGCUGUGGGGAGGGAUUCACUUGGUCAUCUGACCGACUGGCAAAGCGGAAAUUUUACACGGGGAGAGGCCGUUCAUUUGCUCAGACUGUGAGAAUGGAUUCAGUGGGUCUUCUCAACUGAAGGUACAUCAGCAAGUUCACACUGGACAAGGCCAUUCACCUGUUCUGUGAGUGAGAAGGGAUUCAGUCGUCUUCCCACCUGUGGACACACCAGUCAGUUCACACUGGGCAGAGGCUGGUCAACUGCUGAAUUUGUGGGGAAGGAUUCACUCGGUCAUCUGACCUAAUGGCUCACCAGCGAGUUCACACCGGGGAGAGGCCGUUCACCUGCUCAGACUGUGGAAAGGGUUUCACACAGUUAGCUAACCUACAAGCACACCAGUCAGUUCACACUGGGGAUAGGCCGUUCACUUGCUCAGACUGUGGGAAAGGAUUCAAUUCAUCAUCUAAACUGAAAGUACAUCAGCGAGGUCACACUGGGGAGAGGCCAUUCACCUGCUCAGACUGUGGGAAGGGAUUCACUCAGUUAGCGACCCUACAAGCACACCAGUCAGUUCACACUGGAGAGUGGCCGUUCACCUGCUUAGAAUGUGGAAAGGGGUUCAUUCGGUCAUCUCAACUGAAGGUACAUCAGUCAGUUCACUCUGGAGAGAGGCCAUUCACCUGCUCAAACUGUGGGAAGGGAUUCACUUUGUCAUCUCAACUGAAGGUACAUCAGCGAGUUCACACCGGGAGAGGCCGUUCACCUGCUCAGACUGUGGGAAGGGAUUCACACAGUUAUCUGGCCUGCAAGCACACCAGUCAGUUCACACUAGGGAGAGGCCGUUCAACUGCUCAGACUGUGGUAAGGGAUUCACACAGUUAUCUAGCCUGCAAGCACACCAUUCAGUUCACACUGGCGAGAGGGCAUUCACCUGCUCAGUCUGUGGGAAGGGAUUCACUCUGUCAUCUUGCCUACUGACACACCGGUCAGUUCACACUGGAGAGUGGCCAUUCACCUGCUCAGACUGUGGGAAGGGAUUCACUCGGUCUUCUCAACUGAAGGUACAUCAGCGAGUUCACACAGGGGAGACGCCAUUCACCUGCUUGGACUGUGGGAAGGGAUUCACUUCGUCAUCUCAACUGAAGGUCCAUCAGCGAGUUCACACUGGGGAGAGUCCAUUCACUUGCUCAGACUGUGGGAAGGGAUUCACUCAGUUAGCUACUCUACAAGCACACCAUUUAGUUCACACUGGGGAGAGGCCAUUCAACUGCUCAGACUGUGGGAAGGGAUUCACUCGGUCAUCUCAAUUGAAGGUACAUCAGCGAGUACACACUGGGGAGAGGCCAUUCACCUGCUCAGACUGUGGGAAGGGAUUCACACAGUUAGCUGGCCUACAAGCACACCAGUCAGUUCACACUGGGGAGAGGCCGUUCACCUGCAUAUUCUGUGGGAAUGGAUUCACUCAAUCAUCUCAGUUGAAGGUACAUGAGCGAAUUCACACAGGUGAGAGGCCAUUCACCUGCUCAGACUGUGGGAAGGGAUUCACUCGGUCAUCUCGCCUACUGACACACCAGUCAGUUCACACUGGAGAGAGGCCGUUAACCUCCUGUUAAUGUGGGAAUGUAUUCACUCAGUCAUCUAACCUUAUGUAACUCUCACUCCGGCUAGCAGCUUAAUAUAGGGGGUGAUAGCCCCCUAGCUCGGCCAAAUGUGUGUGGAUGCUGCGCCGCGUCCCCUGUUGCAAAUCAAUACCCCAAAAUAACAAACAGUACACAAGAUGUGAUUCAUAAUUCUUACUUUGACUAUAGGGUUAGUAAAGUAAAAAAAAAGGGCCAACUCUCCCCAUUUGUGGCUUCUCAUCUCUCCACAGCAAAAGCCCAUGAAAUUCUCUCAUUCAGACUCACAAGAGAGAACAUUUCUGUCAUUGGAUAGCCCAGCACUCCAAAACCCUGUUAUCUCUAGUUGCAUCCUAAACAUUGCUGCUGCAGAGAAACCACUACCCCAGCAGUGAAACAUUACAGAGAGGUCAUUACAUUAGCAAUGAAACCUUACAGUGUGUUACACUUACAACACACUACCGGGUUCACACAGGGGAGAAAGUUUCAAUAAGAUUCAUGCUGGAUAUUUGUCCAUCACCAUUGCUGAAUGCUAUUUUGAGAGUGAUUGUAAGUGUUGAACUCUGCAAUUAUUGCUGCUGCUCACCACACCCAGUUCUGCACCUGGUCACUGGGCAUGGGAGGAGUUUCUUCUGCUGCAUAUUCACCUUUAAUGGGACUAGAUCUGUGACAAAUGAAUCAGUUCUAGCUUAAGCACUGUCUCUGUUACUUGGUGAAUUUAUAACACACCUAGUGUACAGUAGAGAGUCAACUCAGGCCGGCUGAACACUGCCAGUGAUUCUGUUCCACAACAGAUCUUUCAAAUCCUCCCCUGUUGUUCACCUCUCACUCUCCCUGGGAUGAGGUCCAAAUAGUCAUCACUCUGUGGGUGAAUAUGUUUACCUUGAAUUUCUUGCAGACUGAAGAAGUCGAGCUGACUGCGCAUCUGUCUGAGAUGUUCUUUGCCUCUCUAAUCUCUGGGCUGAGGAAGAAUGACAUUGGGAGUUAACCUCCUUAAUCACGACUCAUGUCCACAUUAUGGGUCACUUUCCCCACUUCUAAAAUGUUGUUAGCGAACACCACUGUCUUCUAAAGACUGGAAGCAGAGUGGGAAGUCAUCAAUUGGAUUUUCAAUGAAGCUGGGUCAGAAACCAGAGGCAGGUCUGCACAGAGCAGAAUUUGGGGCCCUGGACGAUGUUCCGGGUGAGAACGUACGAUGAGGAGAGGGGAUUCAGCAACAGGGCAUGUCAACGAAUGACAUUUGGAAGCAGAUUGACAGAGAAAGUAAUUAGGUUAUCUGACUGACGACACAAACACUACCUGUGGUGAGGUGCUCCACUGGUUGAGGAACAUGUGUGUUAGGAAUGGUUUUAUCUAUUGGGGGAGUUGUUCCUGCUUGUUUAUCCUGUAAUAUUAUAACCAGAUGGAUUGACCUAUCUGAAAUAAUGUAUUGAUGAUCAUAUAAUUUGCAAGAUUUUGGCUCUAAAACUGGAUCAGGCUUGAAUUUAUUGUGUUUUCAUGAGGUGAUGGAGGGCAUUCAUGAGUUUGUAUUUUAAAGCAAGAUUUUGGUGAAUGAUAUUUGCCACUUGAUUGUACCUGUGUAAGUAAUCAGAUUGAGUUAAACUGCUGCAGGAUCCUAGAAUGUGUUGCACUGUGUCUGGUUUCUCUUGGCCUUUUCUGCACUUACUGCCUUGUUUGUUUGUAUUUCAUGAAGUUUAGAUUUGUUUUACUUUUGUUACCCACCUCGUCCUGUAUUUCCGCAAGGAACUCCUCUGUUUCUGGGAAGAAGUCUCCAACUCUCAGUCAGGUGCUCGAUGCUUCCUUGUCACCAUCUCGUCUGCUCAGAUCAUUGGGAUGUCUCCCAUGGAGGGUCAUACACAUUUCACUGGUUAAUGUUUUCAUCCAGAGUGAUGAUUUAUUUUUCUGAGCCAGCUUGUCAUUUAAGUUUUAUGGUCUGUAUUUCUUAUCAUAAUUGCAUAUACACACAUGGAGUCAGUUCAGUUCCUCCGCCAUAUCCUUAUCUCCAUUUACAAUUUCUCCAACAUCAUUUUCUUUCAGUCCUAUAUCUACCUCACCUGUUUUUU